AUGCAGCGAUACCCAGAAUAUACGCCUGCGUCCUCGCUGGGCCGGGAACUGGGUAUUACGGUUGCGUUUCUUGGGGCUUGUGUGGUGACGAUGGGGGUUUAUUCGAUUGUUUGGAGCCGAAUCCAACUUCGCGCCCAAGCCGAAGACCUCGCCCGACGCAAAGCACUCAAGAACCGCACCGCUACACUACCGGAUACCCUUGACGCGGCGAAUGGCCUGCACUUUGGUAGGAAUAUGAAUGCCGCGCUGGGUGGUGAGCGUGUGUAUGAGAAGAUGGUGGAUCGGUAUGCGCUGCCGGGGGAUCGGGUGGAGUUGCCUGGGCAUGGGAUGGGGAGGGAGGGGGAGGGGGAGCUUUUGUAA